GGCUAAUAUCUCUGGAGGUAGCGAUUUCCAAUUCCAGAAGUUCGUUAAUAGAGCUUUUGAUGAUGAUUUCAGAAAAGUGGUCGAAACCAGAUUUUGGAUUUGGAUCUUCUCCAUAUUCUUCAUAUUUUUCAGAGCGCACGGUAAGACAAUUCCUUGCAAUAUGCACGGAGCUUAUGAAUAGGUUGCAACUCCCAUUGAAUGUUCAAGUGAACAUGUAUUCAAUUCAUAGAACUGCACUCCAAGCCAGAAGCAAAACUAUCCAUUGCUGGACACUUUCAACCAGAUUUGAGUGCCGAGUUCUGCAACUACUACUGGCUUCCUUUCAUCCCUCUUGCGAUUGUCCCAGCUGUCAGUACGAAGCUCCAAGUGAUAAUAACACAAAUGUCCGUGCAGAGUUGCUCUGCGAAUUCUGUGACUUGAGGGACCUGUCUUGUGAAGCCCCGUGACGACUUAUUCUGGUUCGGACAACCUAAAUGGCUUCUCCUUCUCAUCCAGUUCAUCAUGAUCCAGAACUCCUUUCAGCUGGCGUUCUUUGCGUGGACGUGGUAUGAGUUUGGCCUUAGAUCUUGCUUCAACCAAGAAACACAAGACAUUGCCAUGAGGAUUUCUAUCGGUGUGGCAGCUCAGAUUCUGUGCGGUUACGUGACAUUUAUCCCUUUACGCAGCCGUCUCGCAGAUGGGCUCCGGGAUGACAAAGGUGGUGUUUUCGGACCGCGUGGUGGAAGGUCUCAAGAAAUGGCACGAGGAUGCGAGACGCAGGCUUUCAAAGAGCAGAUCGAUUUCAACCAUAACCUCUUCAAGGCUAUCUUCAGCUGACACUUCGAUGUCGGACAAGUACCCUCAAAAGCAGGAUGAUGAACUUACUUCAGAAACCGCCGCAAGCCCUCCUUCUAGGCCCAUCAAUGUCACCAAAUUGGCAGUGCAUCGAUGUCGAACUCAUCGACACAUGAAAUUACCGAGGACGACAGUCCAGUGAUCAUAAGCAAAAGGGUUGUUUAUGAUGGGGAGAUCUCCUUGGCCAGCAGCUGGAAAGGCUCGGGAUGCUUCGGAGAUCGUACUCCGAUAAUCGAAGGAGAUGUCUCUGAUCAGUUCACUGGAUUCGAUCAGUGACGUCAAAGUGGGAUGCGAGUACUGUUCAUUCUGUAUAUGGCAUAUAGCAGCAACUCUUAAAGUACUCUGAACGGUGAGAAGUGAUCUCUUUUUCCAGGUUCCUACAUUCCUACAUGUUCUUCAGAUUGGUCCGGUUUACUUCAAAUGAAUAUGGUCUCUCUUCAUGAAGACUUGUGUGCUUCAGAGUCUUAAUUGGAACGAUUCCGAAAUGGGCCAACAGAAUGGUG